ACUCAGGUGAGGCGUGUACCUGAGCAAAUCCACCUUGCGAGGAUAUAGCGACGCGUGCCCCACAUUUGGUAUCACCGCGGCGGUCAACAGCACCGGCUCUGCUCACUCGGCGUUCAGUUCCCACUCAGGCAGCCCCGCAGCAACAUGCUCCGCGCCCUCGCAGUGCUCCUCGCCGCGGCCACGUGCGUCCUGGCCCAGGCGACGCCCUGCGCCGACCUUUUGACCUGCGCCACCGUCGGCAUCGACCAGGGUCUGCGCCAAAUGCAGAGCAGCUCCCUCUACCCUUUGCUCGGCAAAAGGUUGUAUCUGGAAAAGAGGGAGGACGUGCAGAACGAGCCUGACCUGACUCAGGGCAACGUUUUCCAGAGGGUCGGAAAACUGCUGGACACGCACAAUGUCAAGGCGCCCAUAACCGACAAUUUGUCCGUCAAGCUCUUCAAGACGCCGCAGGGACCGUUUGACAUUUCGCUUGACGUCGCCUCGCCGGAGACUAACGCUCAGGGUCGUACCUUCUUCAAGCGCCGCCUUCAAAUGGCCCUGCUGCCCAUCAUGUACAAGCUGGGCGUGAUGACCACCCUGAUGGGCGUGCUGGUGGUGAUGGUGGCCAAGAGCCUGGCCAUCGGCGUCAUUCUGCUCAUCCUGGCCGUCUCGAGCGCCGUCAAGCACAAGCUGUACUGGGGCGGCGGCGGCCACGUGGACGCCCACUCUGGCGGCUACUCGGCCCCCACCGGCUGGGCCCAGGCCCCGCAGCCGGGUGUCCACCUGCACCUGCACGGCAUCAACAAGGACGCGCUGACCCACGCCGCCCCUGAAUACCACACCACCGGCUACAGCCGAGUCGGAUACGCCGGCGCCACCGGCCCCGAGUACGCAGGACCCUACAACAGGGCUGCACAUCUCGCUCCCUCUGCUCAAACCGUCCAAUAAAGGAGGACCAAAUACUUAAAUGUUAAUCAUAUAAAUAUGAAAAACCAGUCAGAUUUAAUUUAUUGCUACAGGAGAAGUUGAGAACCUCAAAAUAUGUAUCAAAUUGAUUUAGUACCUAGAUAAUAUUGUUUUAAUGAUUGAUUUUGAAGAUUCUCUGCUCCAUCCAAAGUGAAAUAGUCAAUUAACGUGCUAUAAUGGUGUGUUUUUUUAGAACAGAGAGCGACAUCAUGCUGAUGUUAGUUAUAAGCAGUUAUAAGUCUGGGCUAAAUUAUGUUGUUAAUUUAUAUUAAUUUAUUAUUAUGUAUUUAUUUAUGAGUAUAAGACACUCGCUGGAUCAGUAUUUAUUUAUUUAUUGUUGUCUGACUUUGAAGAGGUGCAUUUGCGAAAAUGUGUCUUUGUAAUAAAAAUUAGUACAGCGGUUCAAAUUUAAAAAUCAAAGUGCCUUAAUACUUAAGUACUUUUUAGACUCUGUAUAGUAUAAAAUUUCAAAGCCAUUGCAACUGAAGUGUUGCGACGAAAUUCAGUAAUAAUUAUUCAGUUACCUGAUCUUCAAUUUUAUGUAGCGCACACUUCCUCUAUAGAUCAACCAAUUUAAAUGCAUUUUUAUACAGAUGUGCAAGUCUCAAUAGAAUACAUAUUUCCUUUAGAAUUUACAUAGCUCUCAAGUACUUACUGUCAACCCAAAGAUUAUGUAUUAUAUUUUGUCCUUCUCUCAACACUGUACACUACAGAUUGAUUGUUCAAUAAAGCGUUAGUUGAAAAAAAAAUGAAAGAAAAUGCAAUAAUUUGUGUUUUAAUGAGUUUAA